GCGGCCGCGCGGGGACUGUGGGAAGCGGAGUGACGGAGCGAGCGGCUGUUGGAGGAAGGAGGUGGGGGCCGGGAGCGCAAAUGGCGUUGAGAUGGUUCAGGGCCCUGUUCAAACUCCAGCGCUGACCAUUCACCGGCGGAAGCGGCGGCGCAGGAGGCGGCGGCGGCCCAGCAGGGGCACGCAGCGGGCUCUGUUACCAGCUCCGGCGGUGGCGGCCAGCGAGAGCUAGGCCCGGGCCCGGCCGGCGGCGCUCGAGGCGGGGAGGGAAGUUGCGGGGCCGCCGCUCCCCCCCCACCCUACCGGGCUUCCUAUUUACCGAAAGCAGAGCCCCUCGCCUCUCUCGGCUCUCACCUGCCGGCCUUGCUCUCCCGCGCGAGGGUUCCGCGCCCGCCCGCGGGCCGUAGGGAGCGGGAGAGGCGGAGGCGGCCCGUGGCCAAAGCACCCGCCAGGCGCCGAGGAGAAUAUGAAACUGGUGUCAAAAUGACAUCCAGAUUUGGGAAAACGUACAGUAGGAAAGGUGGAAAUGGCAGUUCAAAAUUUGAUGAAGUCUUUUCCAACAAACGGACCACCCUUAGCACAAAAUGGGGAGAGACCACAUUUAUGGCUAAAUUAGGGCAGAAGAGGCCCAAUUUCAAACCAGAUAUCCAAGAAAUUCCGAAGAAACCUAAAGUGGAAGAAGAAAGUACUGGAGAUCCUUUUGGAUUUGAUAGUGAUGAUGAGUCUCUACCAGUUUCUUCAAAGAAUUUAGCCCCGGGUAAGGGUUCCUCUUAUUCAGAAUCUAGUGAAGCUGCUCAGUUGGAAGAGGUCACUUCAGUACUUGAAGCUAAUAGCAAAAUUAGUCAUGUGGUCGUUGAAGACACUGUUGUAUCUGAUAAAUGCUUCCCUUUGGAGGACACUUUGCUUGGGAAAGAAAAGAGCACAAACCGAAUUGUAGAAGAUGAUGCAAGCAUAAGUAGCUGUAAUAAAUUAAUAACUUCAGAUAAAGUGGAGAAUUUUCAUGAAGAACGUGAAAAGAAUAGUCACCAUAUUCACAAAAAUACUGACGACAGUACUAAGAAACUCAAUGCAGAAACUACAGUGGCUUCUGAAAUCAAGGAAACAAAUGAUACUUGGAACUCCCAGUUUGGGAAAAGGCCAGAAUCACCAUCAGAAAUAUCUCCAAUCAAGGGAUCUGUAAGAACUGGUUUGUAUGAAUGGGAUAAUGAUUUUGAAGACAUCAGAUCAGAAGACUGUAUUUUAAGUUUGGAUAGUGAUCCCCUUUUGGAGAUGAAGGAUGAUGAUUUUAAAAAUCGAUUGGAAAAUCUGAAUGAAGCCAUUGAGGAAGAUAUUGUACAAAGUGUUCUUAGGCCAACCAACUGUAGGACGUACUGUAGGGCCAAUAAAACUAAAUCCUCCCAAGGAGCAUCAAAUUUUGAUAAGCUGAUGGACGGCACCAGUCAGGCCUUAGCCAAAGCAAACAGUGAAUCAAGUAAAGAUGGCCUGAAUCAGGCAAAGAAAGGGGGUGUAAGUUGUGGGACCAGUUUUAGAGGGACAGUUGGACGGACUAGAGAUUACACUGUUUUACAUCCAUCUUGCUUGUCAGUUUGUAAUGUUACCAUACAGGAUACUAUGGAACGCAGCAUGGAUGAGUUCACUGCAUCCACUCCGGCAGAUUUGGGAGAAGCUGGUCGUCUCAGAAAAAAGGCAGAUAUUGCAACUUCUAAGACCACUACUAGAUUUCGACCUAGUAAUACUAAAUCCAAAAAGGAUGUUAAACUUGAAUUUUUUGGUUUUGAAGAUCAUGAGACAGGAGGUGAUGAAGGAGGUUCUGGAAGUUCUAAUUACAAAAUUAAGUAUUUUGGCUUUGAUGAUCUCAGUGAAAGCGAAGAUGAUGAAGAUGAUGACUGUCAAGUGGAAAGAAAGACAAGCAAAAAAAGAACUAAAACAGCUCUAUCACCCUCCUUGCAACCUCCCCCAGAAAGCAAUGAUAAUUCCCAGGACAGUCAGUCUGGUACUAACAAUGCAGUUUUGAUUACCAUUUCAGAAAACUUGGAUUUUACAGAGGACUUGCCUGGUGUGCCUGAAAGUGUGAAGAAGCCCAUAAAUAAACAAGGAGAUAAAUCAAAGGAAAAUACCAGAAAGAUUUUUAGUGGCCCCAAACGGUCACCCACAAAAGCUGUAUAUAAUGCCAGACAUUGGAAUCAUCCAGAUUCAGAAGAACUGCCUGGGCCACCAGUAGUAAAACCUCAGAGUGUCACAGUGAGGCUGUCUUCAAAGGAACCAAAUCAAAAAGAUGAUGGAGUUUUUAAGGCUCCUGCACCACCAUCCAAAGUGAUAAAAACUGUGACAAUACCUACUCAGCCCUACCAAGAUAUAGUUACUGCACUGAAAUGCAGACGAGAAGACAAAGAAUUAUAUACUGUUGUUCAGCACGUGAAGCACUUCAACGAUGUCGUAGAAUUUGGUGAAAAUCAAGAGUUCACUGAUGACAUUGAGUACUUGUUAAGUGGCUUAAAGAGCACUCAGCCUCUAAACACACGUUGCCUUAGUGUUAUUAGCUUGGCUACUAAAUGUGCCAUGCCCAGUUUUCGAAUGCACCUGAGAGCACAUGGGAUGGUAGCAAUGGUCUUUAAAACCUUGGAUGAUUCCCAGCACCAUCAGAAUCUGUCCCUCUGUACAGCUGCCCUCAUGUAUAUACUGAGUAGAGAUCGUUUGAACAUGGAUCUUGAUAGAGCUAGCUUAGAUCUAAUGAUUCGACUUUUGGAACUGGAACAAGAUGCUUCGUCAGCCAAGCUACUGAAUGAAAAAGACAUGAACAAAAUUAAAGAAAAAAUCCGAAGGCUCUGUGAAACUGUACACAACAAGCAUCUUGAUCUAGAAAAUAUAACGACUGGGCAUUUAGCUAUGGAGACAUUAUUAUCCCUUACUUCUAAACGAGCAGGAGACUGGUUUAAAGAAGAACUCCGGCUUUUGGGUGGGCUGGAUCAUAUUGUAGAUAAAGUAAAAGAAUGUGUGGAUCAUUUAAGUAGAGAUGAGGAUGAAGAGAAACUGGUAGCCUCACUAUGGGGAGCAGAGAGAUGUUUACGAGUUUUAGAAAGUGUAAGUAUGUAUGACUAUUUGGCAAAAAUUAUUCAGUCUUAAUUGUGAUUGUGUAUGUAAGAGACAGACUGCCAAAUAUUUUAUAUACCCCUAGAGGUUCACUUCU